AUGGCCUUGCCCACACUCCAAUUCCUGGCAGGGCUUCUGCUGCUGCUAUAUCUGCUCUCGUUCGUCUUAUUUGCCUUCAUACGGGUCGUCACGGGCGUCUCCAUACAAAGACUGGGCUACUCGGGCCUGCGACGCAUCGCCUUCACACCCAAGGACGGCCUGCGCAUCGAGAUUAGAGGUCUCGGCUUCUCCCUCCAUCGCCCCACGUUCGCCCAGCCAACAUGGGUCAGCAUCGUCCUCACCGAACUCAAGGUCACGUUGGACCUCAAGGCCCUGGGCGCAAAACCACAGAAGAAGUCGAGUUGGACGUCUUGGACGAAUGGGUCGACACAGAAGGACAGGAGCGGACACACUACACCGGAGCAGGCCAAGGAGGACGACGACGAGACGGGCGACGAAGAGGUCGAGCGCAGUCUGACAUGGAAGCGGCUGACGGAUGCGAAAGAGAAGAUCAAGCGCGUACACAGCAAAAUAAACUGGAUAAGGCAGGUCGAUUUGGUCGCACACGGCACAACAGUUGUCAUCACCGACGUCGGGUCUCUCCAAGUCGGGGGGCUCUCCCUCGCAGUGGACACCAGACGUAAGACGGUAGACCGCAGUCGCCUCUUCAAUCACCACAAGCCCAAGCCAGAGCAGCAACAGCAUCCCGCUGAAUGGCUCUUCACCGCACGCAGCAUCCUCUUUACCCUCGAGGGCAAAGAGUCAACCGAGAUACUGGACCACUGCACCCUCAAUGUCCAUGGCUUCCUCAAAAAGGAGCUGGAAGGUCUGCGUGAUGCAUCGAUAUCGCUGAAGCUCGGCCGUCUGAGCAUCCCCUAUGAUGACGUUCAGUUGUGCAUGGAACGAGCGGAGAAGUGCCGCGCUAGUGGUGCACGCAAGCCAGGGCACCGCAAUCAUUCGAGCAUAUCACUUACUGACAUGAUCGAUGACUUGGACCACCCAAAGAGUCGCGAGAACGACAUAGUUCGCACUGUGUCUGACUCGAGAGACUUUGCGAGCUCGAUUCUGCGCGGCAUCCACGAGUUUCAAUUUGCUGUUGGCUUCCUGGGCUUAACUAAACAGAUUCACUCUGGCCACGACACGGACCCAACCGUCUAUCUCAAUGUCUCCAUGAAAGAGGUCGGCAUGGACUUACUACGGUUGGACCCUCGGAGCCCAGCGCAUCUCAUGUACUUCUCGCCCAACGACAUUGCGCAUCAAGCUCUUCUUGCAGCCAUCAGCAUCUCAGUCGGCAUCGAUGACGGCCACGGCCAUCCUGAACGUCUUCUCUACAUACCCAUGGCCACGACAACCUUGAACACCACACUUCCGUCGAAGACAAUUCAGUUCACCAGCGAUCAAAAGAGUGCUGAACGCAACACCAACAUCUUCUUUGCUAAUUUGGUCGUUACUUCACCGUCCUUAGACCUUGACCCGAAACAUCUACCCUUGCUCCUUGCUUUGUUCAGGGACUAUGAGACGCGUCGAAAGCCGCCGAAAACGCGCAAUAGCAAGCGAUACCUGCUCCGGCGCCUCUUGCCCAAAGCAAAUGUCAAGAUCUCGAUACACGAGCCUGUGAUUCGCGUGACCCUCCCGCCCAUGGACCCAGACCGGAAGAAGCUGGAUGAGUUUGAUUUGCUGAUCUCGUCGUCGUCUUCGGUAUCGCUAGACCUGGAAUCAUCUCAUGCUGCAGAUGGCGAGCUUCAUUAUGCUCUCAUCUCGACCUUUCGCAUCAACGCACAGCAGCUUUAUUAUCAGACCGCAGCUAUCGAGAGACACAACCUUCUAGUCACUGACUACGUUGAGCUGAGGGCCCAAAUGAGUGCCGCACCGGACCCUAUAGUGGAGUUGCGCGGAACUGCGCAGACAUUUUCAUGCUAUCUCGUUCGACCUGAGAUCAGCGAAGGCUUACGACAAAUCGUUGCUCAGGUUCAAAAGGACGUGCAACGUAGGCCUAAUGUGUCAAAGAAGAAGGACCUGAACUUCAUCCGCAGAUUGCCACCUUGGCUUGCAUAUGUCCAUUUACAGGGCUCAGACUUCAAUCUCGAAGUAGCUGGUGUCGACCCCGCCGUCUCAAAGCACAGCCGUGGGAUCGCGCUGCAUCUGGAGACAUGGACAGCCGAGUAUAAGCUUAACCGCGAGAACGACAUCGAGUUGAAGCCGAUCAGACGCCGUGCGCCAAGCCGAACAAUAAAUCGUGACGAGCAUCUUCUUCGUUCAUCAAGCCCGUCAUCACCAGUGUCACCUAGAAAACACUUGGCGAACCCCACGGAUGGAAGGCGUCUUGCUAUGCAUUUCCAUGGCCUGGAAGGAGUUGUCAUUGAGGCUUCGGAUUCGGCGGAAUCAGAAGCUUGCCUAUCGCUUCCUCGUAUGGAGGUAGCAGUAAGCACACUGUCCGACAAACAAGGACCAAUCUUUCAUGUGCACGCCUUUGCGCAAAGCUUCUAUGCACACUAUUCGCUUUACAGACAUUUUGCUGCAUGUAUGGCUUUGCAGGUCUUGAGGCAGUCUUUUGAUUGGUCUUCCGGUCCACAAAAACCUACCGAACCAGCGCCGCCAGGCUCGCCUCGUCAUCUUGCGUUGCCAUCCUUUGACGCCGAUGGCAUCGAUCUACCCAUUGGACUAAAGCCAGAGAUUGUCACGAUAGACUUCAAGGCCCAGUUUGUGCAGAUCAAGGCUGAUAUGCCUGCGGAACCGCCUCUCAUGCUUCAGAUCUAUGGCUUAGAAUCAGGCCGGCAUCGAUGGGCAAGCCCCUUCCUCCGCUCGCGCUUAGUACGACUUUAUGCAGAAAGUCCGAACGUGAAAGCAACUUGGAGCCGCAUCGUGAGCGUGAAGUCUCUUCGCUUAGACUACCGGCAAUCGAAACGCAGAUAUGGCCACAUCGUUACUGACGAACGAUCCUUCGAUAUCGCUACUGAUGCAAUCCGCAUAGCGGUUCCUCACCAGCUGGUCAUGCACAAGAUAUUCGACAAUAUUGCCAAUGUCAUCAAGACGGUCAAGCAAAUGAACUACCACUUUGAGACAGGUACGGAUCACUACAUCUUGGACAAAGAGCCAGAAGGUCCGAAACGUGUGCCAAAAAUUUCGCUACGCAGUCGAGCUUUGCUUUUCGAGCUAGAAGACAGUUCAUUCGAGUGGAAGCUUGGAACAAUCUAUCGCAUAGGGCUCAUGGAGCAAAAGCAAAGGCUGGCACGAGAGCAAGCAUUUGCCUUGAAAGUGAGAAGACUGCAGCAACUGGACGAACAACGUGGCAACUACCGCUCCAGAGCGAGAUCCGCGCAUGACUCUCGCGGACGUGGCAAAUCCAAGAAACGAGACAAGGAGCUCCGUUUUCAUCGGCGCAGCAAGAGCGCUGAUUCAAGCGAUCAAGAAUCACCGGCUCGAGGCAGGUCUGAUCAUCCUAUGCGUUACAACAAAGACGGGUUCAGUGGGCUCAGUGGCACAUCCCAUACCUCCAUUGGGGAAGCCCGCGAAAAGCUGAACCGCCUAAAUGCUCAGACGUGGAGGAAGCGCAUAGACCAUGCGUUGGCAACCCAGAACCGUUCGAUGAACGACAUUCGCUCAAUGUUCUGGGGCUUGGACGAACUUCCGGAUGACAUCGAACAGAAAGAGAUCAUACUCGCCAUCCCGCAACGACCUGCACUUAUGGCCCUUGCUGUCAGUGAUCUCGAUAUCACUAUUGACAAGCCUUCCUUCCCGCUAUCUGAAUAUCCGAGGUAUCUUCAUCGCAUUGGUAAAGGCAUGCCGCUCGAUACACAAUACGCGCUUCUCAUCCCGAUGCAUGUCCAGAUUAAUAUGGGUGAGGCCAAGAUCCAGCUUCGAGACUAUCCUUUACCAUUACUGCACUUCCCAGCUAUUGGCAGCAUACAGUCAUCACGCCUUCCCAGUGUUUCCAUGAGGACCGACUUCGUCAUCGCCGAAGAGUUCAGGGAUAUUGAGUCUUCUCGUGUGAGCAGGGUCGUUGUAGUUCCUCAGGAUGAAACGCCCUUAGGUGAGCCUACAGGCGGCUUUGCAGUCGAUGUCCGCCGGACUGUUGCGCCUGUCAAAACGUACUCAGAUAUGGCGAUCGACAUCAACUCUGCAUAUCCGACUAGGAUCACCUGGGGAACUUCUUAUCAACCAGCCAUUCAAGAUAUGAUGCAAAUCAUUGAGAACUUCACAAAACCUGCCAUCGAUCCUUCCGAGAGAGUCGGCUUCUGGGACAAGAUACGGCUGACUUUCCACUCUCGCAUCAAUGUAUCUUGGAGAGGUGACGGCGAUGUGCACCUCAUUCUCAAGGGCUCGCGUGAUCCUUACAUGGUGACUGGACACGGCGCCGGUUUUGUGAUGUGUUGGCAGAAUGAUGUUCAAUUGAGCCUCGCUGAAGAUGAGGACCCCAGGAAUUUCAUGGUCGUCAAGAGUGGAAGUUACGUUCUCGCCAUUCCAGACCUCAGUCAUUAUGCUCGUCAUGAAACCGAUGCCGAGGCAGCCAACCGACCAGAAACAGCCUCGAGUGUCUCUAGCCGCAGACAGCUCGCAGUGUUCAAGAAGACCAUUAUGAAGCUCAAUGGGAACGUGAAAUGGGUAGCAGGAUUGGUCUUUGAGCGAAAUCUCGACAAUGACCAACGCUCUUUCGAUUUCAUCCCUCAUUACAAGGUCACGCUCAGAAACCCGAAAUAUGCCAGACCUGCUGGUGGAAAGGCCUAUGAUGCUUUCCGGGGGUUCCGCAGCAACCACAUACAUAUGUCGAUUGCUAUCGCUGCUCCUUACGACAGGGAUUGGAAUGUGGCUAAUAUAGAGCGCUCAAAGACAUACAACAGCGUCCAUCUAUCGCCGCGCUUCUUCACGCAUUUCUACAGUUGGUGGGGCAUGUUCUCCGGUGCCAUGUCCCUGCCCAUUCGCCAAGGCAAGCUGUGGCCGGGUGUGGAAAAAUCAAGCAAGAAGUUUGGACGGCACUUAGCGACAAUCAAGUACAACUUGUUGCUUUCACCGCUGUAUAUGAGCCACAUCUACAAGCAUAAGGAUGCUGAAGACUAUGGUGCUGGUGUGGUGUCAGCAACUGGGCUCAAAGCCCGUCUUGACAGCUUCAUGUUCGAUCUUCAUAUGAGGCGUGAAGACUUUAGGACUCUCGUACAAGCACCCGAAGGCCAGGAAGACAGCAAGCAAAAUCACACCACUGGAAUGCGAAUCAACCAGGUCCAAUUAGACCUCAUCAACACAGAUGUCCGUGCGGUAUCAGCCAGUAUUGCCGGGACCGAUCCUGAAGAUGUGGACAAUGCUACCGAAGACGACAUGGCCAGUUAUAACCAGGAGUAUCUGACUGCGGAUCUAUCAAAGUUCACCAUUCCGGAUAACGAUUGGGGCUGGGUGGACAUGGACGACUUCAUCGAACUAGGCUGGAUUCUGCCAUCAAACCAACAUCCUGAGACCCAAAUACUGCCGCUUGCAUUCGCCCCACGUUUCACCUACUUCCGUCAGACCGAUCACGCAGACAACAUCUCCGGAGACGUCAAUCGGAGGAGUCCUUUCGGCAACGAGCCUACGCACCACUGUGUUAUGUCACAACGGAAUGAUCCACGAAGAGUACAGUGCAGGCUUAUCGAACAACGUAUAGAGCGCGUCAAAGAACAAGUGGAGUACAAUCGCCAUGCAAUCGGCGAUGCUGAACUCCAGGUCAUCCGCGAGGUUGAUAGGACAACCGAGCAUCAGAAACGCCUUGAAACACUUAAAAGCCACGCUGGAUUUCUGCAACGGAAGCUCGAAUUCCUGACCGCGAUGCAUGAGAGUCUCUUGGAGCGAUGUGAGACGAAUGAGCGCAGCCCCAAAUCUGACGGCGCUGAGACGGAUGGGGAAGACGAAUAUUUCGAAGCAAACGAAGACCACAAUCCAUCAGAGUCAGGCACAAAAGGCGCUGAUCCACACCCCAACGCCGAUUACAUCAGUGAUUUCAACAACCGCUUCAUCAUCCACAAUGUGCACUUGAAAUGGAGCAAUUCAUUGCGGAACAUCAUACUCCGCUACAUCCAUCAAGUAAGCCAGCGUCGUGGGUUUGUGUACUACAUGUCGCGACGCGCCGUCAAGUUCAUCCUCGAUGUCGUUGAUGAGCAGAACAAAUCGCGCGGGCCGUCGACAUCCAGCCCUGAUGACAUUGAUGCGACUACACCAAUGGGCCUUAAUGGAGAAGUGGGUCUUGCCAUGGACGAGGCCGUGGAACAACUCCUUCAGGAUGGGCGAAAGUUCGUCGAGGCUGACGACGCGGAACGAAGAGCCGGCAGCAAUCCUGAGAAAGCUCACCAGACCAAGGCUGAAGAGGACGUUGCGGAGGAUUACGUGGCUCAGAAUGCCUAUCUCGUGCGACUGAUCGCGCCACAAAUUCAGUUACAGAGCGAAAGAAACACGAAAGCCGCAAUUCUGGUGACCGCAAAAGGCAUGCAGCUCAAAGUUCUCCAGAUUAUGGACAAGGAUCGUGUCAUGGACGAGGUAUCUGGUUUGGUGCAAAGACGAUUUACUGCUGCUAUGGACAGUCUACAAAUCUUCGUUACCAACUCGAAGACUUUCAGCAACAUGGCCGACAUACACAUGUACUCUGGCAGCACCUAUGGAACUCCGGCUGGGUCAGCUUGGCCGCCAUGGGUGCCUUUUGAGGUCAUGUUCGAGUUCAACACCAAUCCGUUCGGGUUCCAAAGAGUCGUACAGAGAACGUCGGCCAGUAUGCGAUACGACAAGCACAACACGCUUCGAUUAAAGUAUAAUGACGACGUGUCCAAGGCAGACGCUGCCUCAAGCACACAGAACAUGGAGAGCCGCAUUGACCAUCUCUGGGUCGACUUCCCUCACGUGCGAGCUCUUUGCGACUCUAGGCAAUACUACGCAAUGUACGUCAUCGUUCUCGAUCUCCUGCUCUAUCGCGAGCCUUUAGAAAAGACGCGCAACGAACGUCUCGAAAAGAUCAUGCUCGCAUCUGACUUCAGCGACCUUGCCGGAGCUCCGGCGUUGGUCAUGGGUCUCCAAGAGCGCAUUCGCCAAUUGGAGGAAAUCAAGACCGUCUUCCAAAUCAAUGAGAAGUAUCUUGACAAGCAAGGUUGGGAAGAUCGUGUGGAAGUUGAGAAGGAUUUGGCGGUGUAUGAGGACGAAUUGUUUUUCGUCAUGAAAGCAAUCACCACGGCGCAACGCAAACAAGACGAUCGCGCCCAGGCAAAACAAUCGACUGGCUUACUGCGCUGGUACAUCACGGCUUCAGAGAUUGUCUGGCAUUUGCUGCGAGAGGGUCAAGAGUCGUUGGCUGAGUUUCAGCUCCAAAAUGUCCUAUUUGACCGCACUGACAACAACGAUGGCUCCAACUUCAACUCUCUGGAGAUUGAGAGAGUGCGCGGUCUGAAUCUCCUGCCAUAUGCGCUGUAUACCGAGAUGAUCUCGCCAUAUCUCGAGAACAACCAGCCUCUUCCUGAAAACUCCAAGUGCCUCAAGGUACAAUUCGUCAUGCUCGAAGCUAUAGCGGGUAUUCCUGUCAUGGAGCAUUUUGAGGUCAACCUGUACCCACUCAAGGUGCAGCUGGAAUGGGAGAUUGGCAAGAAGCUGUUCGAAUAUGUCUUCCCAGCUAUGAAGGACAAAGAUAGCACCUCCUCGCCUUUCUUGGUCAAACAUACGCUCCCCACCCAAGAUGAGGACGAAGAUGGCUCAAGCAGCAUAGUCUCCAGCAUGGCCAGCAGCGUGAACAAGUCGAUAUCACAAGAUGAAGGCGCCGUCGAUGCUCUCAAGGAACGACUCACACCGACACUGCAGCUUCCGGAUCCUUCGCAGAAGUCUGAUCUUAAGAAGAAGGCUACUACAGAAAAGCGUCCAAGUGCUCACUAUUUCCGGUUUUUCCGAGACAAUCCAUCACGCAGCGGCUCAGAGUUGCGAAGAACACUACACCCUAGCGCUGCCAUGAUGGCUGCUUCGAGCGUCAGCUCAAAUUCACCGUCGCGACCAGCUUCUGUUCGUUCAAGCUCAACUGCGUCAGGAAUGAUGACAACAGCCGAGUCAGAUCGCACUGCCAAACGCUUCGCCUUGUACCGCACUGGCACAAACCGACCCGGUACUAGCGAACGCAAGCCAACUAAGAAGGAACGAUCUGACGACCUCACGGAGAUGAUGACUCGCGCUUCCAAUUACAUGACGCUCGCAUAUGUCAAAAUACCGUCUAUGGUGUUAUGUUUAAGCUAUAAGGGCAAAGGGCAACGCAACUUCGAAGACGUGCACGACCUGGUUUUCAAGAUGCCUACGUUGGAAUACCGGAACAAGACCUGGUCUAACCUCGACCUAGCGCUACAACUCAAGAAAGACGUAAUCCGCGCCCUCAUCUCCCACGCCGGCGCCAUCGUCGGCAACAAAUUCUCCCGUGGCAGUCGGCCAGGCCGCAAAGAGCAAAGCCGCCUCCGCAUGAUCGCCAACAGCAGCGCGCGCCUCAACGCCUCCCCCGACCUCUCCGGCACCGACUCAAACAGCAUCCGCGACCACUCCCCCAACGGCUCGCACGACUCCAGCUCCGAUAUGCCCCGCCGCUCCUUCACAUCCGGCCGCCAAGGCUCCUUCAUCAGCACCGUAUCCGAAGAAUCCUCUACACACUCCUCCAGUCGCCCCCUAGCCACCCGCGCCCAGUCCACCCACGGCAGCAUCAUGGGCGGCUUCCACACGGGCAACCACAACGCACUCGGUCUCGACGAAAUGGAAGACGGUCGCACCUUUGCCGACGAACUUUCUCGAGUGGAUAACACGGAGCCUGUGCAUGCGAAUCUUAUUCAUAGUCGCGCCUUUUGGUGGGCACAUGAGGAGUCGCGCGGCGAGCGUGGGGACGAGUCUUAA